AUGUACCGACUGAGCCGCGCGCUGCUGGGGGCCCUAGCCCGGGCCCGGGCCCCGCCGCUCCGGCAGCCCCCGGGCCCCGGCCGGCUCCUGACCGCUGCCCUGCGGCCGGGGAGCCCGGGCGGCCUCUCCACCCGGACCCGGCGGGAGCCGCCCACCGCCCCGCAGCGCCCUGCGGCCCAGGGGCCGGGCGGCGAGGAGGAGCAGUUCGUCUUCCCCGAGUACGUGCCCGAGCCGGGCCCGGCGCCGGCCGGGGAGCCGCCCGCCGCCCCGAGCGGCCCGGAGAGGAGGCCGCGGGAGAAGCGGCAGCACCGGGUGACGGGGCGGCCGGACCCGUCGGUGCCGCCCAGCGGGGUGAGCUGCUCGGGCUGCGGGGCGGAGCUGCACUGCCGGGACCCCGCCGUGCCCGGCUACCUGCCCAGCGAGAAGUACCGCCGCCUGAUGGAGGCGCACCGGGCCCUGCAAGGGGUGGUGUGUCAGCGCUGCUGGCUCCUGGUCCAUCACCAGCAGGCGCUGCACAUGCAAGUGUCCCGGGAGCAAUACCGCAAUCUGGUGAGUGCUGCCCUGCGCAGCCCCCCACGCCAUGGACGCCGCCCCCUGGUGCUAUACAUGGUGGACAUGCUGGACCUGCCCGACUCAGUGCUACAGGACCUACCUCAGCUGGUGGGUGCAGGGUCCAACAUCCUGGUGGUGGGCAACAAGGUGGACCUGUUGCCUGGGGACUCUCCAGACUAUCUGAAUCGCUUUCGAAAACAGCUGCUGAGGAGCUGUGCCCGUGUGGGCAUCCUCCCUGCAGUCCAGGGCACGGGGGGCCAGGUUGGCAGGACUGCGAGCCAGAACUUGGUGGAUGUGCACCUGAUCAGUGCCAAGACAGGCUAUGGAGUGGAGGAGCUGAUCUCCAAACUGCAGCACUCCUGGAAGUGCAAUGGCGAUGUGUAUCUCGUAGGAGCUACCAACUCCGGCAAAUCCACACUGUUCAAUACCCUGCUGCAGUCUGACUAUUGCAAGUCCAAAGCCCCGGAGGUGAUCAACAGAGCAACAAUCUCGCCCUGGCCAGGCACAACUUUAAACCUCCUGAAAUUUCCAAUUAUUAACCCUACGUCUGACAGACUGUUCAGGAGACAGGAGAGGCUAAAAGCAGAUGCAGAAAAAACGGAAGAACAACUUAGUGAUGAUGAACAAAAAUAUCUUAAAUGCCUUAAAAAGCAAGGUUAUUUAAUAGGAAGAGUUGGAAGAACAUUUCAACAACAGAAGUCAAAAGCUGUCAUUGACUUUGAUCCUGAUGAGCUCUCUUUUAACAUGGAAGAGGAGCCUGUCUUUUCAUCCAACAAGCCUAAAGAGAGAGUGGAAUUUACAUACAAUGAACUGAAAGAUGCUCGCUGGUUUUUUGACACGCCGGGGAUUGUAAAAGAAAAUUGUGUUUUAAAUCUUCUAACAGAGAAAGAAGUAAAGCUUGUCUUGCCGACACAUGCCAUUGUUCCACGGACCUUUGUACUUAAGCCUGGAAUGGUUUUGUUUCUAGGUGCUUUGGGACGCAUAGACUAUUUGCAGGGAGCAAAAUCCUCCUGGUUUUCUGUUGUGGCUUCUAACCUGUUGCCAGUCCAUGUUACUACCCUGGAGAAAGCAGAUAGCAUCUAUCAGAAGCAUGCUGGGAAAACAUUACUGAAGGUUCCCAUGGGGGGUGAAGAGCGAAUGAAGGAAUUCCCACCACUUAUUCCUCAGGAAAUCACGCUGGAAGGAAUUGGCACCCUUGAGGCAGUGGCUGACAUAAAGCUGUCCUCUGCUGGUUGGGUUGCAGUAACUGCUCACUUGGAAGACAAACUACAGCUGCGAGCCUAUACUCCUGAAGGGACAACGCUGAUGAUACGUAAACCUCCUCUGUUGCCUCAUAUCGUUGGCAUCAAAGGGAACCGCAUCAGAGGAAGUGCGUCCUAUAGAACUAAAAAGCCACCUCCCCUAGUGGAGAACUUAAAGGCAAAUGGAACAAAUAAAAAAAAGGGUAUCUAAAAUUUAAGAAGCACAGGAGCUGGGAAGUCCUUGGACAUAUGUGUUGCUUACAGAAAAUUACGAAAACAAUUAUUCAUAGAAAACAUACAUUCUGAUUUUAAGAUUGGCUUCGGUAAAACAUGUUUG